AUGUCCCAGGAUCUGUUGACAUUCCAGGACGUAGCUGUGGACUUCUUUCAGGAGGAGUGGGAAUGCUUGGACUCUGCUCAGAGGACUUUGUACAUUGAAGUGAUGUUGGAGAAUUACAGGAACCUGGUCACUGUGGUGGACAAUAUGCAGACAUCCUUCUGGGAACUAAUCUCAGGAUUUGUUGUACAGAGUGAACUGAGGAAAGUUAAGAAGCAUAGCAGUGUGGGGACCUCAGCCAAUAGAGAUAGACAUCAAAGCAUGCACACUGGAGAAGAACCUUGCAAAUCUAAGGAUUGUGAGAAAUAUUUAAAUUUGUUCUCCAAAAUUUUUCAAGAUCAGAGAUUCUACUUUGCUAAGAAAGAGCACAGGCAGGGAGAAUAUGAUGACUAUUUCAGCUCUACAUACACUCUUAUAAAACAACUAAUCUACAUUGGAGAGAAUCCACAUUUAUGUACAAAAUGCAGAAAAUGCUACAGUACCUCCCCAAGCCUAACCAUACAUCAGAGAAUUUAUAACAAAAAGAAACCCUACAAGUGCAACAUUUGUGACAAAUCCUAUAACCAGAGUGCAAGUCUUAAAGCACAUCAAAGACUUCAUACUGGGGAGAAACCUUACAAAUGCAAAGAUUGUGAAAAGUCAUUUCGCCUGUUGGUAGUCCUUAAAAACCAUCAGAAAAUGCAUACUGGAGAAAAGCCUUACAAAUGUAAGGAAUGUGACAAGUCCUUUUCUGUGAAGUCAAAUCUUAUAAUUCAUCAGAGAAUUCACAGUGGAAAGAAACCCUACAAGUGCAACAUUUGUCACAAAUCCUUUGGCCAGUGCUCAAAUCUUAAAACACAUCAAAGAAUCCAUACUGGGGAAAAACCUUACAAAUGUGAACAAUGUGGAAAGUCAUUUCCUCAGGUAUCAUCACUUAAUAGCCAUCAGAGAAGUCAUACUGGAGAGAAGCCAUACAAAUGUAAGGAAUGUGACAAAUCCUUUACUCAAAAGUCAACUCUUACAAGGCAUCAGAGAAUUCAUACUGGAGAGAAACCCUACAAGUGCAACAUUUGUGACAAGUCCUUUAAUCGAUGCUCACAACUUAAAACACAUCAGAGGCUCCAUACAGUGGAGAAACCUUAAAAAUGCAAAGAGUGUGGAAAGUCAUUUCCUCAUUUAUCAGCAUUUCAUGGGAAUCAGAGAAUUCAUACUGGAGAGAAAUCCUACAAGUGCAACAUUUGUAACAAAUCCUUUAAUCAGUGCUCAAACCUUAAAACACA